CAACUAUAUAAUCAACCCAUUUAAAUAGACUUCCAUCCAGAAAUUCCAGCGUUUCAGUGUUUCAAACUUUCAAUAUCCAAUUCUCCUCACAUUCAUUUGAAAAUCUUUUUUAUCUAAUAACAAGAGUCAACAUGAUUAGCCCAAGGAAGCUAAUAAAAAUGGCAAAGAAGUGGCAGAAAGUGGCUACUAGUAAGCAGAAAAGCAUCUCAUUGCCAAAGGCCACAGGGGUGGUCGAUUCAGAAAGUUGCAGCACAUCAUCAGUGGCUGAGAAGGGCCAUUUUGUUGUGUACACUGCUGAUCAGAGGCGCUUUGUAAUUCCCUUAAGAUAUCUUAAUAAUGACAUUAUUCAAGAACUAUUUACAAUGGCAGAAGAAGAGUUUGGACUGCCAAGCGGUGGACCUAUCACAUUGCCUUGUGAUGCGGAUUUCAUGGAGUAUGUAAUCUCUUUGAUCCAAAGGCAUGCAACGAAUGAUGUUGAGAAGGUGUUGCUCAUGUCUUUAGCCACCAGUCGCUGUUUACAGUCUUCAGAUCUCCAUCAAGUGCAAAGUAACCACCAAUCACUAAUUUGCAGCUUUUAAAGCAACCAUAAUUGGAUAUUUGUAAGCAGUUUACAACACCUUGUAGCAAGAUAGUUGAUACAUUAAUGUAAAGUUGAUAAAAUUUUCCUCCA